AUGAACAAUUUCAAUCCAAAUAUGAACAUGAAUAUGAAUAUGAACAGGAACAAUAUGAUGCCCAUGCCCAUGAUGCAUAGCAAUCCAGACGGAAAUGUAGGGGGUAGUAGUGGGAGCCAGCAUUAUAAUCAGCCUUCGAGAAUCGUAUACCUAGGUUCUAUUCCAUAUGAUCAAACUGAAGAACAAAUAUUAGAUCUUUGUAAUAAUGUGGGGCCCGUCGUUAAUUUAAAGAUGAUGUUUGAUCAACAAACUGGGAGAUCUAAAGGAUAUGCCUUUAUUGAAUUUAAAGAUUUAGAAACGAGUGCAUCAGCCAUUAGGAACUUAAACGGGUAUCAGUUAGGUUCUAGAUUUUUACGAUGUGGUUAUUCAAGUAAUAAUGAUAUUUCCUCUACGGGGAUAUCUUCGAAUGAUCAAUCAAUGGGGAACGUAGAUGAUGGAUCUAACGUUUUGUUUUCAGAUUUACCGUCAGGAAUAGAUGUUAAUAUCAAUAUGACUACACCGGCUAUGAUGAUAUCAAGUGAACUAUCUAAAAAAUCUAAAGAAGAUCAAUUAAACUUACUACAGAAACUUAAAGAAUGGACGUCAGAAAAUAAAGAUUUAGCUGUUGAAUUGUUUAACGAAUACCCUCAAUUAUCAUUCGUCAUUGCAGAAAUAUUAUUGACAAAUGGUAUAUGUAAAGUAGAUGAUUUAGCGCAAUUAGUAGCAGCUCAGAACGAUUCCAACGAAAAUGAACAAUCUAAUAAUAACAAUAGUACAAGUAACGCAUUUGCCCAAAAGUCUAACGAUUUAUUGUCCAAUGACCCAGAGCUAUUGGAGACUCAAAAGGAACUUCUAAGAAAAGUCCUACAAUUAUCUGAUGGUGAAAUAGCCAUUCUUCCGGAGAAUGAACGGAUGUCUAUGUGGGAUAUCAAACAACGUGCACUUAAAGGUGAAUUCGGUAAUAUAUAG